ACCAUAAUUCCUCACAAUGGUCUCAAAAAGAGUAGGGAUGUAUUGAAGUAUCAGCAUUUUAAUACAGUAUCCUAUGCUGAAGAUGAAACUUAUCAUUUUGAAACUUUUGGACACAGUAUAGUGUACAAUUUCCUUACUUUGUUUAUGGUACAUUGUAUAUUGCACUGUCUUAUCACGUGUGAUAUUUAGAUAUUUAAGUAAUCUAGACUCAAGACCUGUACGACAAGAAGCAUUCAAACCGCGGUUCGGUGGGUUCUGCACUGUGGCACACAUACCGUUUUCCCUUUAAUCUUCAGCAACGGUGCUCAGGGAUUUGACAUUUCAGCCGCGCCGUCUUUGCUCUCGUCUCGAAUUGGACAGUGGGAGCAACAGAAGCAAGCUGACCUAACAAGAUUCAAAGAAGAGGAUUUGGGGAGAGCAGAUUUCCAAAAUGCCCGUGGCUUCAUCCAGCUCGGACUCUGCUAUGCAGCAGGUUCUAGACACUUUGAGUGACAGCACCAGCUCCACCAUGGCCAAUGACCUGGACCUCAUCUUCCUCAAGGGCAUCAUGGAGAGCCCCGUGUUCCCGUCUCCCUGCUACCCGCAGGCCCAUGAGAACCUGGAGGAGUCCAGGCUGGAGGCGGUGAGUGACAACAACAUGGAGCUGGUGCAGGACAUCCUGAAGGAGCUCACUCCCCUCACGCACAGGAGCAAGGCCGCAGACGAACUGGCGUGCAUACUGAAGGAGCCACACUUCCAGUCUCUCAUGGAAACCCAUGAUUCGGUGGCCUCCAAGACCUUUGAGACUCCUCCUCCCAGCCCCUGUUCCUUCAUGGACGCUGCCUUCAACAACCAGCCUGUGCCCCCAGAUGCAGUCAGGAUGGUGGGCAUCCGCAAGGUGUCUGGAGAGCACCUGGGUGUGACAUUUCGGGUGGAGAGUGGAGAGCUGGUGAUCGCCCGCAUCCUUCAUGGCGGGAUGAUCGACCAGCAGGGCCUCCUCUACGUGGGUGACAUUAUCAAGGAGGUGAAUGCCAAAGAGGUGGGCAAUGACCCCAAGGUGCUCCAGCAGAUGCUAAAGGAGGCCAGCGGCAGCGUGGUGCUCAAGAUCCUCCCCAGCUACCAGGAGCCUCACACCCCACGCCAGGCCUAUGUGAAGUGUCACUUUGACUAUGACCCGUCCCAUGACAACCUAAUCCCCUGUAAGGAGGCAGGCCUGGGCUUCAGCAGUGGAGACAUCCUGCAGAUCUUCAAUCAGGAGGACCUCAACUGGUGGCAGGCAUGUCACCUGGAGGGGGGCAGUGCAGGCCUCAUCCCCAGCCAGCUCCUGGAGGAGAAGAGGAAGGCUUUUGUCAAGAGAGAUCUGGAGCUGGUUACAACAGGUCCUCUUUGUUCUGGAAUGGGCGGGAAGAAGAAGAAAAAGAUGAUGUAUCUAACGACCAAAAAUGCAGAGUUUGAUCGGCAUGAGCUGAGGAUCUACGAGGAGGUGGCCAAGGUUUCCCCGUUCCGUCGGAAGACGUUGGUUCUGAUUGGAGCACAGGGAGUGGGCCGCCGUAGUCUGAAGAACAAACUGUUGGUGUCAGACCCCCUGCGGUAUGGGACCACCAUCCCCUUUACCUCGAGGAAACCCAAGGUGGAUGAAACGGAUGCACAGAUGUAUUCGUUCAUGACUCGCAGUGAGAUGGAUUUGGACAUUAAGAACGGGCGCUUCCUGGAGCACGGCGAGUACGACGGGAACCUCUAUGGCACCAAGAUCAACUCCAUCCACGAGGUGGUGGACUCUGGCAAGAUCUGCAUCCUGGAUGUCAACCCACAGGCACUUAAGGUUCUGCGGACGUCAGAGUUCCUUCCCUACGUGGUGUUUAUUGAGGCUCCAGAUUACGAGGUCCUCAAAGCCAUGAAUAAGUCUGCCAAAGAAGCCGGAGUGAUGACCAAACAGUUAACGGACUCAGAGCUGAAGAGGACAGUGGAUGAGAGCGAAAGGAUCCAGCGGGCCUACGGACAUUACUUUGACCUGAACAUCAUCAACGACAGCCUGGAGGGGGCCUUCUGCGGCCUGAAGAUGGCGCUGGAGAGACUAGGCGCAGAGCAGCAGUGGGUUCCUGUCAGCUGGGUCUUCUAA